GGCGGAACGGGCGGCGGGGCGGGGGGAGGAGCCACGCUCGGGGCCGCCGCCGCCGCCGCCGCCGCUGCGCCCGCUCCGCUCCGCGCCCGCCGCGCCCAGGAGAGCUCGCAGAGGAGGGAGCAACCAACACCCCCCCACGUGCCCCACACCCCGCGGCGCCGCGGGAUGCUGCGCGGCGCUGAGCACUGAGCUGGGCGCCAUGGGGAGCGCGUCCUAACGCCGCGCCGUGGCCCCCGUGCCGGUGGCACCGGUGGCGUCGCCCACUCGGUCGGUGCUGAGCGCUCCUUGAUGGAAUUGCGGUGAAUGGAACAGAAGUUCGGCACCCUGGACCCGCUCUCGGAGCCAGAGGACACCCGGUGGUUGGAUGGCAAACGCAAAAGAAAGGGAAACCAAUGUUUGGUGAAGAGCAGCAUGUCAGGGUACAUCCCUAGUUACUUGGACAAAGAUGAACAGUGCGUGGUGUGCGGGGACAAAGCCACCGGCUACCACUACCGCUGCAUCACCUGCGAGGGCUGCAAGGGUUUUUUCCGUCGGACCAUCCAGAAGAACCUGCACCCCACCUACUCUUGCAAGUACGAUGGCUGCUGCGUCAUCGACAAGAUCACCCGCAACCAGUGCCAGCUCUGCCGCUUCAAGAAGUGCAUCUCCGUGGGCAUGGCCAUGGACCUGGUGCUGGAUGAUUCCAAGCGGGUAGCAAAGCGGAAGCUGAUCGAGGAGAACCGGGAACGGCGACGGAAGGAGGAGAUGAUCAAAUCGCUGCAGCAACGCCCCAAUCCCAGCGCCGAGGAGUGGGAGCUGAUCCACGUGGUGACGGAAGCCCAUCGCAGCACCAACGCCCAGGGCAGCCACUGGAAGCAGAAGCGGAAAUUCCUGCCCGAGGACAUCGGCCAGUCGCCCAUGGCCUCGAUGCCCGACGGGGACAAAGUCGACCUGGAGGCGUUCAGCGAGUUUACAAAAAUCAUCACCCCGGCCAUCACCCGCGUGGUCGACUUUGCCAAAAAACUGCCCAUGUUUUCGGAGCUGCCUUGCGAAGACCAGAUCAUCCUGCUGAAGGGCUGCUGCAUGGAGAUCAUGUCGCUGCGGGCGGCCGUGCGCUACGACCCCGAGAGCGAGACGCUGACGCUCAGCGGGGAGAUGGCGGUCAAGCGAGAGCAGCUCAAGAACGGCGGUCUCGGCGUGGUUUCCGAUGCCAUCUUUGACCUGGGCAAAUCCCUCUCUGCCUUCAACCUGGACGACACCGAGGUGGCCCUUCUCCAGGCGGUGCUGCUCAUGUCCUCAGACCGGACGGGGUUGAUCUGCGUGGAGAAGAUCGAGAAGUGCCAGGAGACGUACCUACUGGCCUUUGAGCACUACAUCAACUACCGCAAACACAACAUUCCCCACUUCUGGCCCAAGCUGCUGAUGAAGGUGACGGAUCUGCGGAUGAUCGGCGCCUGCCACGCCAGCCGCUUCCUGCACAUGAAGGUGGAGUGUCCCACCGAGCUCUUCCCACCUCUUUUCCUCGAGGUCUUCGAGGAUCAGGAGGUGUAGAGUUUGCCCACACAUCACCCCUUCCCAAGCCCCCUUUUUUGCGCCCCCCCUCCUCAAAUUUUCUUCUCCUCGCGAGGGCGAUUUUCGCUCCGGGGAUGAGUUAUUAUAUUUUUUUGGGGGGGGGGGUGGUUGGUGGAGGUUGGGGGGUGUCCCGCUGUGCCCCCCCCCCCUCCCCUU